ACCCGAAUGCUUUAGGGUUUCUGAUAAAAUUCCAUAUUUAUCUGCAAACAACAAAACCCCUAAUUUAAAGGGGUUGCGGAUUGUGUGAUAUUUUCUCCUUUCUUCUUGUUGUCGUCAAUUUCUUGAAACAUGGCGGGUCAAACAAACACAAAAGACUCGGAGUUGAAUGAAGAAUUGCAGGAGCUCGAAUUCACAAAAAGGGGUUGUUGUUUUUGGUUUCCAUCUUUCACAUGUGGAAGAGGCGUUUGGGAACGAGUCUCUACCAGUGAUCAAAAGGAAGAAACGCAUUGGUGGGAUAAGGGGUUAAACGCUGUUAUGAAAGCCAGGGAGUGGUCGGAACUUGUGGCAGGUCCAAAAUGGAAGACAUUUAUUAGACGAUUCAAUAAAAAUCGUUCUAAAACUAAUAAAUUCAAUUACGACCCCAUGAGUUACUCCUUGAAUUUCGAUGAUGGACCAGGGGUAAACGAUCAAUCGGAAGACGAUAGUUUAUUUCGUGAUUUCUCGUCGAGAUUCGCUUCAAUUCCGGUUUCUGCCAAGUCUUCAAUGGAUUUGGGCGAAGACUCAUCAUCCUUGUUGUGAAUUCCUCAGCCGCCGGAAUCUUGAUUGAAGCGGCGAAUUAGGAAGCCAUGAAGUUGAAUCGGACAAGAGGCGGCGAUGGGCCGAGAAUUGCGGCGGAGAAAUUGGGCAGGGCUCUGUUAUUUGCAACACUUGUGACGGUGAUGAUACAGGUGGUUUUGAUUCUCUCUGACAUAAAAUUUGGUCGGUUGAUUGAGUUGGGGAAAUAAAAAAAAGAUUUGAGUACUCUUAUUUUAUUUUUUUAGUUGAGAAUUUGAUUAGUCAA